GGCACGAAUCCUCUGCUUUUCACUGCAAAACAAUUUCCCUACGCUCCUCCUUCGUAGAUGCGAAAUCUACCUCCAUGUGUUUCCACGAUUCUUAACGUACACCAAUCUCCAUGGUCUCUCUCAAGAUCUCAUUCCUUUUUCGAAGAAGAACCCUUCUUGGACUUUCUCUUUCCUUGCGUACCCUCUUUUCUUUUUACAGUUUCUUAGCAGUAAAAUAUAAACAAACAGGUCUUUGACUUUGCUGCUGCAUUUGGAAUAUAAAGCGAAAACGAUCUCCAGCAAUUUUAAAUUAUGAAGAUUUCUUGUUGGAUUUUGUUUUACUGGCUUUUUCUUUGCGUUUUCGCAUCCGGGUCUCUCUCAAUUGACAAUUUUAACCGAGCGUUUCCUAUCAUUGAACCUGAUCCUAAUCACACGAAACUUCAUCUUGCAAGUGAAGGAUUGGAAGCUAUCAAACGAAUAACGAACCCUAUUGCUGCUGUUGCUGUAAUCGGUCCAUAUCGCUCUGGAAAAUCUUUUCUGCUCAAUCAGCUUCUUUCACUUUCUUGUUAUGAAGGUUUUGGUGUUGGACAUAUGCGUGACACAAAGACCAAAGGGAUUUGGGUUUGGGGAACCCCGGUUGAAUUGGAUAUCAACGGAGUAAAAACUUCUGUGUUUUACCUUGAUACAGAGGGAUUUGAAAGUAUUGGGAAGUCAAAUGUCUAUGAUGAUCGGAUUUUUGCUCUGGCAACUGUUCUGAGCUCUGUGCUUAUAUAUAAUCUGCCUGAGACGAUCCGAGAAGCUGACAUAUCUCGUCUAUCAUUUGCUGUCGAGCUUGCUGAAGAAUUUUAUGGAAGGUCUGCAGUUCUGUCUUCUGAGUUCGACAUGUUAGACCAGAUCACCAAUAAAUUCUGUGAAUUGUGACCAUAAUUUUUGUAUCUCUUUUAUGCACCCUAUAUGCUACUAAUACUAACUCGUUUUGUUGGUUGGCUGAAAAUUUCGGAGAAUAGAGUGAAGGGCCAAGAUGUUGCAUUUGAACCUGCAAAACUUUUGUGGCUUAUCCAGCGUGAUUUUCUACAAGGGAAGUCAGUGCAAGAAAUGGUGAAUGAAGCCCUCCAACAUGUUCCUAACAAUGAUGGGGACAGAAAUAUUGACCAGGUUAAUCAGAUCCGAGACUCGUUGGCUAUCAUGGGUGAUAACAGCACUGCCUUCAGCUUGCCACAACCUCAUCUCCUGCGAACAAAGCUUUGUGACAUGAAGGAUGGUGAGCUUGAUCCCGUGUAUGUUAAGAAGAGAGAUCAGUUAAAAGAACUUGUUGCUAGCAUUAUUCGUCCAAAGAUUGUGCAGGUUAGACCUCUAAAUGGAAAGGAGUUUGUAGCUUUCUUGGAGCAGAUACUCGAAGCCUUGAAUAAAGGGGAGAUCCCAUCAACAGGCUCUUUGGUGGAGGUUUUCAAUAAGGGUAUUCUUGAGCGAUGUUUGAAGCUAUACAGUGAAAUGAUGGCAAAGUUACCCUUACCACUUUCUGAGAAAUCUCUGCAAAAUGUCCAUGAAAACUCUAAAGGGGAAGCAAUGAAAUCUUUUGAUGAACAACAUUUUGGCCGUCAUCAUGCAAAGAGAUCUGUCAUGCAGCUGGAUGAAGAAAUAGAGAAGGUUUAUAAGAAUUUCGCAAUGGCAAAUGAAUAUCAAUCAGCAAAGCUCUGUGAGGCACUUUAUUCUAGAUGUGAGGACAUAAUGGACCAGCUUCAGGUUCUCAGACUUCCUUCCAUGGCAAAAUUCAAUGCAGGCUUCCUGCAAUGCAACCAAAGUUUUGAGCAGGAGUGUGUUGGACCUUCAAAAGCAAAUUACGAGCUUCGCAUGAUGAAGAUGAUGGGGAAAUCAAAAUCUUCAUUUAUAAAGGAAUACAACCACAGGCUCUUCAAUUGGUUGGUGGUGUUCUCCCUUGUCAUGGUGGUAGUGGGCCGCUUUAUUAUAAAGUUUUUUUUUAUAGAAAUUGGUGCGUGGAUACUUUUUAUCUUCCUAGAGACCUACACGAGGAUGUUUUGGUCUGCGGAGUCUCUCUAUUACAACCCAGUUUGGCAUUUUAUUGUCGCAACGUGGGAAACACUUGUUUACAGCCCUUUUCUUGAUUUGGACAGAUGGGCAAUUCCACUUGGUUUGGCGGCAGCAAUUUUGGUGGUAUAUUGGCGGUGUUAUGGUAGAAGGAAACAUGGGUCACAGUGGCUGUUACCCUUGUACAAUAAUCCUAAAGGGGGUACUCAUAGGCCGAGAACAGACUAAGCCUUGUUUAUUUUAAUACAUUUCAAAGUAAAAAACAUUUCGAAAAGAAAUUGCUAACAUCAUACUUAACGGACUCUAAAUGAAUUGCGAUCCGGUGCCCUAGAUUUGGCAUAAUCUUGCUCCAA